GAUUUAGUGUACUUAAUUUGGAUUUUUCCCCUCACCUAAACAAAAUAUUCGGGAAGGAAAAAGAAAAAGAAAAAGAUGCUUUAGAAAAGAAAAGAAAUGGAAGGAAAAUUCUUAAAUUUUACAACAUCCAAUAAACCUCAUCCAAUUGGCUCCUCCUGAAACGGUUACUUCUCUGCUCUUCUUAUUCAUUCAUCAUCAUAAAAGAUAGAGAGCAACAGGAUAAUAAGCAAAGCACAGACAAAAAAAUAAAAAAAAUAAAUAGGAAAGCAAUAAAAAGAUCUUCAAUUUUCUUUUCUCCAGGUGACUUCAGUUUGGGGUUUGAAUUAAAGAAGAGUGAAAGAAAUUAGGGUUUUGAGCAACAUAGUUAUUUGGCAGCUAUGCCGUAUUUGGUUAGAGAACGUCUUUUUAUCGGUAAUAUUAAUGACUCUGCUGAGAUUCUUCAAGAUGACAACACUGAGUUUAAAUUUAUUGUCUCUCUUCUUAACUCAACUUCGAUAUCGUUUUUCAACGAAUGGCGACCUUCUAUUACUGUAAAUGCAAAAGAAAUCAGGAAAGUGUUUGUUGGUGGUUCUGAAAAUGCUUCUUCAACUUCUCAAGAUGAUGAUAGUUUAGGUGGUAAAUCACAAAAACUUUUGUAUUCACUUGAAAAUGCUGGAAAGGAUUUGAAAUUGGUGAGAAUGGCAGUUCCAGUGAGAGAUAUGGAGAGUGAGAAUUUAUUGGAUUAUUUGGAGGUAUGUUUGGAUUUUAUUGAGGACAGUAGAAAACAAGGAUCUGUCUUAGUUCAUUGCUUCGCAGGCGUAUCGCGAAGCGCAGCUAUUGUUACAGCAUACCUGAUGAGAAGUGAACAAUUAUCUCAGGAAGAUGCGCUUGAGUCUUUAAGACAAAGCUGUGAGUUUGUUUGCCCCAAUGAUGGCUUUCUGGAUCAGUUAAAAAUGUUCGAAGAGAUGGGUUUCAAAAUUAAUCGUGCAAGUACCAUAUACAAGCGAUUUCAACUGAAAGUGAUGGGCGAUUCGUACAACAGAGGUGAGAGGAUAGACAGUUCAAAAUUUGGUGUUGAUCCUGGGUUACCCACAUCAACCAUUUCUUCUGAGGUCUCCGCAUCUUCAGAAGAAGCAAAGCGAAUGCCUGCUUACCGGUGCAAAAAGUGCAGGAGAAUUGUUGCACUAGAAGAGAAUCUGGUAGGGCAUGAACCUGGAGAGGGUGAGUCAUGCUUUGAGUGGAAGAAGCGUAAAAACUCCAAGUCAUCAAAAACAUAUGAUGAGCAUGAGUGCUCUUCCAUCUUUGUUGAGCCCCUGCAAUGGAUGAAGUCAGUGGAAGAAGGUGCAUUGGAAGGAAAGCUAUCAUGUCUCCAUUGUGAUGCUCGCCUUGGUUACUUUAACUGGUCAGGCAUCCAGUGCAGUUGCGGGAGUUGGAUCACUCCGGCAUUUCAACUCCAUAAGGGUCGAGUUGAUAUCAGCGUCCUUUAGUGAGUGUCGCUUUUCCCCAAAGAAAAAGUAAAAAAAGUAUGAUUUUUAUGAAUCCCACAGGUUUCAAUUGGAUGAGGUACCCAGCGACCAUUACUACACCCCCCAAGAUAUAUUUUUGAAGUCCGAAAGGGAGGUAAGAAAGUUUUCAACGCUUAACGGCAGUACAACAAUUCUCGGAAUUCUUCUUCAGUUUUAUUAGUAUACAGUUAUGAGCACUAGUCGCUGAGAUUUAGAUCUUGUUACAGAAAUUAGAAUGGUGAUAUGAACUACGCCUCUGCUAGCUCGAUUAAUUCAUAAAUGAUUGUACUCCUUGGUAUAGUUCUGCUUACCACACGUUGUGGCAGUGUGAACAUGUGCUGAUGCAAAUGUUUUGGAUGCUUGGUAAAAGAAACAUAUAUAUUGCAGAAGGCAGGAAUUUCUGAUAGUUUUUCUCUUUCUUUUGUUAAUUUCCUUUUUUUUGUGAGUCGGCUAUUGUGAUCUCUGGUUAAAUGAAUGUUGAUGUUUGAUA